UGCCCCAAAAAUCAGGAAAAAAUCCCUAAAACUCUGGGAAUAAACGGACUUCCCAAUUUUCUCUCCGUCCUCCGCAGACCCUCGAAGAAAUCGUCGAAGGCGCCGCUGCCCGCCGCUCCUUCCUCGCUGCUGGACUCCGAGGAGGAGGAGGAGUCCAAGCCCAUGAGCUACGACGAGAAGCGCCAGCUGAGCCUGGACAUCAACAAGCUGCCCGGGGAGAAGCUGGGCAGGGUCGUGCACAUCAUCCAGUCCCGCGAGCCCUCGCUGCGCGACUCCAACCCCGAGGAGAUCGAGAUCGACUUCGAGACGCUCAAGGCCAGCACGCUCAGGGAGCUCGAGAGAUACGUGCUGUCGUGCCUGAGGAAGAAACCGGUGGUCCAGAUUUUGGAAUUUUUUGGGAUUUAA